CCCUACGACCUACUUAAGCUUUUUCAUACCAUAAUGCUUAUCAAUUAUCAUUUGAUAUACUUCUUCACAUUACAACUUCUGAAGUUCUCUGGUCCUAUUUUCAGUUUCUUCGCCAGAUCAAUUCAUAAAAUAAACGCAAAUAAUAAUUAGGUCCUUCCUCGUUUUCCAAAUACAAAGCGGCAGAAGGUUCCAGAAAGGGGGGAAAAUGUGAGUGGCAGAAGCAUCUGGCUAGAAAAAAUGUAGAAAUUAAUAGAGUUGUUGCUGCGCUGGAGAAUAGGAGAGCUUGUUCCUCUUUCUAAUAAGCUGCUUCUCUAAUGGAUUAAAAAGGGAAGGAGAUGUGAUUGUCAUCUAGAAAAUCUACCGUAAACAUGGAGGCUUAUGCAUCUAAAAUUGUAGAGAGAGUCACAGAUUUUAUACUGGAUGUGAGUAUUCGACAUCUUAGUUACAUUAUCUGUUACAAGGGCAACCUUGAUGAACUAAAUAGCAGCAUUGUUGCUCUUGAGGGAGAAAGAGAUAAUGUGAAACAUGAUGUUGAUGAUGCUGAAAAUAAUGUAAAAGGAAUUGAAUCUAAUGUGAGAGCCUGGUUUGACAAGGUGGAGAAAAAGAUAGAAGAUUGCACGGAGUUUCAGGCUGAUGAUGCUCACAAAAAGACAGGGUGUUCUAGGGGUAUUCUUCCUUUCUUGUGGUAUAGACAUAAACUGGGAAGGAAAGCUAGGAAAAUGACGAUGGAUAUCAAGUUGCUGAAGGAUGAAAAGUUUACCAAAGUUUCUUAUCGGCAGCAUCCAAGCUCUGCAGAUAUUGCUUUGUCUAAUGCUGGCUAUGAGGAAUUUGAAUCUAGAAAAGAUAUAAUGAAAAAGAUAAUGGUAAAACUUGAAGAUUCUACUGUGAGGAUGAUUGGAGUGCAUGGGCCAGGUGGUGUUGGCAAGACCACUUUAGUUAAAGAAAUUGCUAAGGAGGCUAGAGAUAGAAAGUUGUUUAGUGUGGUGGUUAUAGUAAGCAUAACAAAAAAUCCAAAUCGACAAAAAGUUCAAGAAGAAAUUGCAUACAAUUUGGGAUUGACUUUUGAAGGGGAAGGUGAGAUUGGGAGAGCAGAUCGUUUAAGGAGAAGAUUGAUGCAAGAGAAGGAGAACACCCUUGUGAUACUUGAUGAUCUUUGGGAUGGAUUAGACUUGAAUAUGUUAGGGAUACCAUUUGAUGAUGAUGAUUUAGGCCACGUGACUAUGAAAGAUAGGUUGGACUUUGGCUGCCAAAUGACCCAGGUGGAAAAACCAUCUAGUCAUUAUGAUGGUAACAAGUUGUUGGAUUCAGGAAGUACAUCAGGGACCUUACCCAAUGAGGUGUGUUUGAGACAGGAGAGUGGCAAAAGUGAAAAGGGUUUCAGCUACAAAAUGGUGAAAGAUGAAAAUUUUUCUGGUGUCUAUAGAGGGUGCAAAAUUUUGCUUACUUCAAGAAUUAAAGAGGUACUUUCUGGUAAAAUGAAUGUUAAGGAAAAUUCAAUUUUCCCUGUGAUGGAGUUGAAAGACGAGGAAGCUGUGAAAUUAUUUAAGGCAGCAGCUGAAAUAGAUGAAGAUUCCAAGUUUGAACCAGAAAUUGUUAAGAAGCAUUGUGGAGGGUUACCUAUGGCAAUACUUACUGUUGGAAAGGCACUGAAGAAUAAAAGCAAGUUAGUGUGGGACGAGGUCCUAGAAAAACUCAACAAGCAGGAACUAAUGGGAGUGCAAAAAUCUAUGGAGAUUUCUGUGAAGAUGAGUUACGACCAUCUAGAAAGUGAAGAGCUCAAGUCCAUUUUCUUACUUUGUGCGCAAAUGGGUCACCAACCAUUAAUUGUGGACCUGGUGAAGUAUUCCUUUGGUUUGGGUAUACUUAAAGGUGUCCAUACACUAAAAGAUGCUCGUGAAAGAAUACGUACAUCAAUCCAGAAGCUGAAAGAUUCAAGUCUGAUGCUGGAAGAAAAUUCUAGUGAUCAUUUCAAUAUGCAUGAUAUGGUUCGGGAUGCUGCUCUGUCUAUAGCACAAAAGGAACAUAAUGUAUUUACCUUGAGAAAUGACAAGCUAGAUGAUUGGCCCAGCGAACUUGAGAGGUGCACUGUUAUUUCUAUAUACAAAAGUGAUAUCGUUGAUGAGCUCCCUGAAGUUAUAAAUUGUCCUCAGCUUAGGGUCUUCCAUAUUGACGGUGAUGAUCUUCCUUUGGAUAUACAUGACAAGUUUUUUGAAGGAAUGAAGAAACUCAGGGUGUUAAUAUUGACUGGAAUUCAUCUAUCAAGCCUACCAUCUUCAAUUGAAUGCUUAUCAAACCUCAGAAUGCUUUGUUUGGAGAGAUGUGUUCUAGGUGACUUGUCCAUCAUAAGAUAUCUGAAAAAGUUAAGAAUUCUCAGCCUUUCAGGAUCCAAAAUUAAAGCUUGGCCGGGUGAUUUAGAGGGCUUGAGUAAGCUACAUUUGUUGAACAUUAGCGACUGUACCAUAGCCAAUUCAAUUCCACCUAAAUUUAUAUCAAGCUUGACUUGUUUGGAAGAGUUGUAUAUGAGAAAGAGCUUGAUUAAUAUGGAAGUGGAAGGAGAGACAAAUCAAAGUCAAGUUUCAAUUCUUUCUGAGCUGAAGCAGUUGCAUCAAUUGAAACUUGUAGAUAUGUGCCUCCCAAGUGCUGAAGUUUUGCCACCGGAUGUGUUCUUUGACAAGCUAGAUGAUUACAAGAUUGUGAUAGGAGAUUUCAAGAUGCUUUCAAUCAGUGAUUUCAAGAUGCCAAACAAGUAUGAAGCUUCAAGAACUUUGGCGCUCCAGUUAAGAUCUGGCAAAAACAUUCACACCCUCAAAGGAAUAAAAAUGCUGUUUAAGAGAGUGGAGAAUCUGCUAUUGGGAGAGCUGAAUGGAGUUCAAAAUGUUUUCUAUGAGCUGAGUUUGGAUGGAUUCCCAAACCUUAAACACUUGUCCAUCAUAAAUAACUCUGGCAUUGAAUAUAUUGUGAACUCAAUGGAAAUGUCACACCCUCAUAUAGUUUUUCCCAAUCUAGAAUCUCUCAACCUCUUCAACUUGAUGAACAUAAAGGAGAUAUGUUGCAGUCCUGUUAGAGGUGCCUCGUUCUCCCAAUUAAAGACCAUCAAGGUCAAGAUGUGCACUCAACUGAAGAAUAUAUUCUCCUUUUACAUUGUUAAAUUUCUUACUAGUCUGAAAACAAUUGAUAUCUCUAAAUGUGAUUACUUGGAGGAGAUUGUUCUUGAGGAAAGAGAAGUGUCUGAUAAGGUUGAGUUUCAUAAGUUAUGCUCUUUGACACUGCAAGAGUUGCCGUCAUUUAUUGGUUUCUACACCAAUAGCAAGAUGAUCUCCAUGCCUCAGUUGAUGGACAGGGAAGAAAGAAGAACUGAUCACGUAGAAAGUGUCAACUUACAGGAUGAGCAGUGUGUCAGGACUUCAUUUUCUCUCUUUGGUGAAAAGGUUGAAAUCCCAAACUUGGAGAGCUUGAAGGUUUCAUCAAUUGACAUCGAUUAUAUAUGGAGUGACCAAAUUUCAUGUUUCCGCUUUGAGAACUUAAUAAAAUUAACUGUGGAAGUUUGUUGUAACUUGACCUAUUUAUGUUCACUGUCUGUUGCUAAAAGUUUGAACAAACUGAAAGGUCUUUUUGUAAGUGGGUGCCGGAAGAUGGAAAAGUUAUUCAUCACUGAAGGAAACACUGAUGACUAUUCAGAGGAUCACAUCUUUCCUAAGUUGGAAGAAAUCCAUCUCACUAAUAUGGGGAUGUUAAAGGACAUAUGGCCAGUUAAAGUCCAUGCCGGUUCCUUUCCUAAACUCAUUUCUGUGCAUAUUGAUGGGUGCAAAAAGCUUGGAAAGAUUUUUCCUAGUCACAUGGAAGGUUGCUAUCAGAGUUUAGACAGCUUGAAAGUUAUCAAUUGUGAGGCAGUGGAAGUUAUUUUUGAAUGUCCUUUAAAAAAGGAUGCAUCUCUAGCUGACAUGAAAUUGCAACUUAUUCUCUUACAAAGUCUCCCAAAUCUGAACAAAGUUUGGAGCAGAGAUCCAGAAGGUGUUGUUGACUUCAAAAGUUUGCGAAGUAUAAAGGUUUCUAAUUGUAAAAAAUUGAGCAAUGUCUUGCCUGCUUCUAUAGCCAAAGGUCUUAAAAAACUUGAAGAAUUAUCGAUAAAGUCAUGUGGUGAAGUGGAGGAAAUUGUUGAUGCAGGAUCAGAAACAAACAAUGAACAAUUGGAGUUUCCAGAAGUAACCUCCAUGGAAUUAUGUUAUCUACGUAACAUUAGGCAUUUCUAUAACGGGAGACAAAGCAUAGAAUGCCCAAAACUGAAGCGGUUGGUUGUAAAUAAUUGUGUGAAGCUGAGAGCAUUCACAACUGAUGAAGAAGGAAUACCGGUUUUCUCAGCAGAAAAGGUAAUCUCUAACUUGGAGUAUAUGGAUAUUGACUCAAAAGAAGCAAAGUGGUUGAAGUGCAACAUACGGAAGUACCAUAUGCAUUGCUUGAAACAGCUUUGCUUGCGGUCACUGCCAAAUGUUGAGAUUCUCUACUGGUUUCUGCAUCGAAUUCCUAAUCUAGAAAGAUUGGAAUUGAGUUACCCUCAUGAUGACAUUCAAGAGUUAGUGCCAAGUGGAAAUACAGCACUUCAGGAAAGGUUGGGAACGGUACUACAGCUUAAGGAACUGGUUGUCACCUCAUCAAACAUCAAAGAUAUUGGAUUUGAAAGGGACCCAGUUCUUCAGAGAGUAGAGCGCUUGGUCCUAUUUUACUGCAGAAAAUUAAUCAACUUGGUGAAACCCUCACUGUCCUUAACUCACUUGACAUACUUGGAAAUACAUUGUUGUUCUGAAUUGAAAAGCUUAAUGUCAUCUUCAACUGCAAAGAGCUUGGUUCAACUCACAACAAUGAAGAUAAGCGAUUGUAAAUUGAAGGAAAUAGUCACCAAUGAGGGAAAUGGCAUAGAGACACAGGUGAAUAUUGUAUUUGGCAAGUUGAUAACAAUAGAAUUUAGGUCACUGAAAAAACUCACAAGUUUUUGUAGCUGUAAGAACUGUGAGUUUUCAUUCCCAUCGUUGGAGAAACUGAUUUUGAGAAAUUGCCCAAAGAUGACAACGUUCACAGAGAGUGACAUAAAAGCACCAAAGCUACAAAAUGUACUUUCCGUUGAUGAAAGAGAGGAGGAGAUAUGGUAUUGGGAAGGUGAUUUGAAUGCCACAAUUAAAAAGGCCUUUGCUGAAAAGGUUUCUUUUGAAUACACAUCUCAUCUUAAGCUUUCCCAUUAUCCCGAGUUAGAACAAGUAUGGUGUGUUAAAUACUUGGCGCAACGGAAUAGCUUUCACUGUCUGAAAACUUUGUCGGUGGAGAAUUGUGGUUUUCUUGUGCAUGUAAUUCCUUCUCAUUUGCUUCCUUACUUCAAGAAUUUAGAGGAAUUGGUAGUUGCCAGUUGUGAUCAAGUGCAAGUCAUCUUUGAGAUAAAUGUUAAAGGGGUGACAGAAAUGUUGGGAAUGUUCCGUUUGAAAAAGUUGUCCAUAGGGAAUCUACCAAAGCUGGAGCAUGUGUGGGACAAUGAUCCUCACAGUAUUAUUGGCCUUAGAGUUCUGCAAGAUGUGAGAAUUUAUCAAUGCCACAGCCUCAAAUACGUUUUUCCAGCAUCCAUGGCUAAAGAUCUUACCAUGCUCAAAAAGCUAUCAGUUGAAAGCUGUGAGCAAUUGGUUGAAAUUUUUGGGGACAACGAAACAGCUCUAGAAAGGGAUACUAAAUCAUUUGUGUUUCCUAGUCUUAAAUCAUUGAUGCUAAACACAUUGCCAUUGCUCAAAUGCUUCUAUCCUGGAUUGCACAAGCUAGAUUUUCCUGUGCUAAAGGAACUACAAUUACAUCCAGGUAAGUGGGUUAUACUGAAUUGUCAAGAGGCUUAUCCAGAGGAGCAAGUCUCUAUCACUGUAGAAAAGGUUCAUCUCCUGCUUCCAACUUUAGAAAGAUUGUCAUUUAAUAUAGGAAAUGGUACAGUGACUUUGGAUUUGAAGUCUCUAGGGUUGGAAUUUAAUUUUCUUUCUUUCCAACACUUAAAAGAAGAGAGAGACAGUGUUCUAUACCGAUUCCUUCAAAUGGUUCCCAAUGUAGAAAAGCUUGAAGUGAAAUACGGUUGCUUGAAAGAGAUGUUCUCCAAAGACAGGCUUAAUGCUGAUUGUGCUGGAAUCCUCUCACAUCUUAAAGAAUUAAGGCUUGAUUCUUUAUAUUCUCUCAAAUCCAUUGGCUUAGAGCACUCUUGGGUGCACUCUAUUCCCGAAAAUAUGCAAACAUUACAAGUCGAAUCGUGUGGUGCUUUGAAGAACUUGGUGCAAUGCACGGUAUCCUUCUCAAAUCUAACAAAUUUGGUUGUAAAAUAUUGCCACAAUAUGCUAUAUUUGUUCACAACUUCAACCGCCAAAAGUUUGGGUCAUCUUGAGAGGAUGGAAAUACAAAAUUGCGGAUCAUUGCAAGAAAUAGUGUCCAUAGAGGUUGGCAAAUCAUCCAUAGGUGGAAAUGUAAUAUUUAAGCAACUACGGUCUUUGAUUCUUGAAAACUUACCAAAACUCGCAUGCUUUUACCCGGGGAAUCUUACUUUAUCUUUCCAAUCCUUGGAAGAAGUAUCCAUAUUUAACUGCCCUUUGAUGAAAAUGUUCUGCCCAUGUGUGGAAAUAAACCAACAUUCAAACCGGUCGCCAGGAGUUGGACUCAUCAAAGAUGGAUAUUGGGAAGGUGAUUUUGGCACUACCAUCCGCAAGAUGUUUGAGAAAAAGAUUGCAGAAUCUGCAUGUAAUUCACAAUAUUUGAGGCUUAGCCCCUGUUAUCAAGAGAUAUGGUACGGCUCGAUGCCAGUCCCAGAUGCAUGCUUCAGUAAUUUGGAGUCCUUGGUUAUGGAAGGGUGUGAAUUUUUGUCAGAAGUAAUACCUUUCGAUUUACUUCCCUUGUUAAAUAAGAUACAGAGUUUGGAAGUUCGGAACUGUCAUUCAGUGAAAACCAUAUUUGAUGUGAAAUGUGUAUCGAAAGACAAACGAAUGAUUGUAGGGUCACCACAGACACCAGUCCCCUUUUCCCUGAAGAAAUUAAUAGUAAAGAAGUUGCCAAAUCUGGAGUGUAUUUGGAAUGAAGAUCCUGAUGGGGUUCUGACAGUUCAACUACAGAAAGUACAUGUUGAAAGAUGUAAACGCCUUACAAGUUUGUUUCCAGCAUCCACAGCCAAAGAUCUUGUGAAACUUGAAAAUCUAGUGGUGAAGCACUGUGAGAAAUUGGUGGAAAUUGUUGCAGGCAUUGAAGCAGCCCCAAAAGGAACAAAUCUAGAUUUUAUAUUCCCCUGUUUGACCUCAUUGACAUUGUUGGAUUUGCCAAAGCUCAACUGUGUUUACUGUUCAUUGCAUUGUGUUCAGUUGAAGACAUUCAUAGGUCAAGAUCCACAAAUUGAGGAUCAAGUUUGUGCCGAAGAGGCUACAUCUCUCCUGGACAAUCUGUCACUCGGUGAAAAAGAAUUGAAGAUGAUUUGGCACGGACAAUGCCAGGGAACUCACAUCCGCAAAGUAAAAGUUCUUGAUUUGCAGAGUUUUAAUGAUUUAGAAGAACUGCCAUGUGGAUUUCUACAAAAGGUGCCCAAUAUUGAGGAGCUAGUAGUGAGUAAUAGUUCCUUUAAGGAGAUUUUCUGCUCUGAAAGACCUGAUUUCAAUCAUGCUGGAAUCUUAUCACAACUAAAAAGAUUGAAGUUAGCUUCUCUUUCAGAACUAGUUACCAUUGGGUUAGAGCACUCUUGGGUAGGAGAAUCUCUUCUAAAAAAUUUGGAAACCUUGGAAGCAAAAAGUUGUUCUCGUUUGAGAAACUUAGUACCAUCUGCAGUAUGUUUCUCCAGUCUGAAGCAUUUGACUGCAUCUUAUUGUAGUAAUAUGAUCCAUUUGUUCACAUGCUCAGCUGCCAAAAGUUUGGCUCAACUCGAGCAGAUAAACAUAUCCUGUUGUGAUUCCAUCGAAGAGAUUCUGUCUAGAGAGGAAGAUGAGUUUCAUCAUGAUGAGAUAAUAUUUGCGAAGCUUCAUAAGUUAAAUCUUGAAUAUUUGCCAAGACUCAAAAGCUUUUAUCAAGGGAGUGUCACCUUAAACUUCCCUUCAUUGGAGAAAUUAUCAGUAAUUCAGUGUCAGAGGAUGGAUACUUUCUGUGCUGGUACUUUAUGCACUAACAAAUUGUUAGAAGUGAAAUUCCAGAGGUAUGGAGAUGCUACCCCAUUGAAAGUUGAUCUCAAUCAUGUCAUACGCAAGUCUUUCGAAGCACGUGUUGCAGAAUUUGUUAGGAGUGAAGAGCAUUUGAAUCUUGUCGAUGAGCCACAGGUACAUGGAAUUUGGCAUGGUUCAUUUCCUGUCCCAUUCAGGUGCUUUGUCAAUUUGAAGUCUUUGAUCGUGGAAAGAUGUGAAUUCUUAUGCAAUGUAAUUCCAUCACAUAUACUUGGUUUGCUAUGUAAAUUGGAAGAACUGGUAGUACGUGAAUGCCAUUCCGUCAAAGCAAUUUUUGAGGUGAAGGAUAUAGCAAAGGAUGCAAAGUUAAAUACAGGACCAGGCAUAUCCCCAUUCUUUUGCUUAAAGAAAUUGACUUUUGAUCAGCUGCCAAAUCUUGAACAUGUCUGGGAUUCAGAUUCUGAAGAAGUUAUUGGCCUAGAAACCCUGCAAGAAGUAUGUGUUCAUGGAUGUGGCAACCUUGAAAGGCUAUUUCCAGCAUCAGUGGCCAAAAGUCUGGUGAAACUUGAGAAACUCGAAGUAAAAGAAUGCAGUAGGCUGAUGGAAAUUGUUGCAAAGGAUGAUGUAGCAGCUGAAGCACCUGAUGAAGAGUUUGUCUUGCCUUGUGUGACCUCCAUAAAACUGUGGUCAUUGCCAGAACUCAAGUGUUUUUACCGAGGUCCGCAUAAGUUGGAAUGCCCCAAGCUAAAACAAAUAAACUUGUUCCAUUGUGAAAAGUUGAAGAUAUUCACAUAUGACUCUCAAAGCUUCCUAAAAGAACAACCAGAUUUUCAAGAUAGCUCAAAAGCUCUUUUCUUGGUUAAAAAGGUCAUUCCCUCCUUGGAGUUUCUAGCACUCAGCAAGGAAGAGGCCAUGAUAUUCUUGGAUGGUCAGUUUCAUGUAAACCUCCUGCACAAAUUACCAGCUCUUCAACUGCAAUGCUUUCAUGAUGAUUCAGAUACUUUUCCAUAUGGACUACUUCAGAUGGCGCCCAACAUAGAAAAACUUUCUGUGAGUUGUUGCUCCUUCAAAGAUAUAUUCUGCUCUACAAGCCCUGACAUGGAUUGUGUUGAAAAAAUCCUUUCACGUCUAAAAUGUUUGCAAUUGAAUUCCUUGUCUGAGCUAAAUUCCAUUGGGUUAGAGCACAAUUGGGUGGACCCCAUUUCUGAAAAUCUUGAAAAAUUACAAAUAGACCAAUGCCAUUGUUUAAGGAACUUAGUACCAUGCGACAUAUCAUUCUCCAGCCUAACGGAUUUGAAUGUGUCACAAUGUAAUGGGCUUGUCUAUUUGUUUACACCCUCAACUAGCAGAACUAUGUGCCAACUAAAGAAUAUGUCCAUAGAAAAUUGUGAAUCAUUAGAAGAAAUAGUGUUUGGAGUGGUAGAGGAGUCAUCAAAGCAUGCAGAGGAGGAGAUAAUAUUUGAGAAGCUCAACACUUUGUCUCUUCAGUCUCUACCUAGGCUUGGAAGGUUUUACAAUGGGAACAUUGCUUUAAAUUUCCCAUCCUUGGAGCAAAUAUCAGUAAUCAAAUGUCGAAGGAUGGAGAGUUUCUGUGCAGGUACUGUAAGCGUGAACAAGUGGUCAACAAUUAAAUUGGAGGAAGGUGCUGUUCAACUGGAAUUUGACCUCAACUUUACCAUAUUGAAGGCCUUUGACUUGGCGGUAUGAGUUCAACUCCAAUGUUGGAGUGAGAACUAGACAUGAAGAGUGGAUGGGUGUGUAUGAAGGGCUUUGUACUACAGAAGUGUGUCACAUGUUUUAGGGGGCGAGUUUGUUUUCCUUAAAUCUUAUUGGUUGGGUACUCUUUUUCCUCUCUGGAGUUUUGUCCCACUGGGUUUUCUCCUUAGAGGUUUUAACGAGGCCUUACCAAGAGGUGCCGGAUAUGUUCACCGGUGGAUUGUGUCUUUAUUUUAUUUGUGUUUAAUGGUUUGUAUUUAUUUUUCUGUCGUGUGUUUAAGCCAUUUCAAUAAUUAUUGAGAAAAAAAAGGGUCUAAUAUGGUUAUAAGUUGUAAAGAUUAUGAUGAAGCAGAGCUAUGUUGUUCUAAAUAUUACUGUAACAUCUUAACUGGAUGAAAUGACUACUAAGAACGUUACUUUAUGCUGUUACAAAA